AUGAUCCUCACCAUUCGCAUCUGGAACUGGCAGUCUCGUACCUGCAUCGCCGUUCUCACCGGCCAUAACCACUACGUCAUGUCGGCCGAGUUCCACCCCAAGGAGGAUCUCAUUGUGUCGGCCUCCCUGGACCAGACCGUCCGUGUGUGGGACAUCUCCGGCCUCCGCCGUAAGGCCAUGCCCGGCAUGGGUGCCACCCCGCGCCCUGGCAGCGACGAGCCCACCAAGCCUCUCCUGCAGAAUGACCUCUUCGGCUCGGUGGAUGCCUACGUCAAGUUCGUUCUCGAGGACCAUGACCGCGGUGUCAACUGGGCCUCCUUCCAUCCGGAGCUGUCGCUGAUCGUUUCGGGCGCCGACGAUCGCCAGGUGAAGAUCUGGCGCUACACCGACACCAAGGCCUGGCAUGUGGACAGCUGCCGCGGGCAUUACAGCCACGCCACCUGUGUUAUCUUCCACCCCCGGCAGGAUCUCAUUCUGUCGGCCUCCGAAGACAAGACCCUGCGCGUGUGGGACAUCACCAAGCGCACCGCGGUGGCCACCUUCCGCCGGGAGCACGACCGCUUCUGGAUCAUCAAGGCCCACCCGACGGAGAACCUGUUCGUCACCGGCCACGAUGCCGGCCUCAUCGUCUUCAAGUUGGAGCGCGAACGCCCUGCCAGCACCGUGCACGGAUCCAACCUGCUGUAUGUCAAGGACAAGCACCUGCGCGUGGUGGACAUGCGCUCCGGGGCCAACAACCUGCUGGCCAACAUCCGCCGGUACACCAGCCCCGGCGGGGGCAUUUCCUUCGGCACGCAGCCCCGGUCCAUGACCUACAAUGAGGCGGAGAAUGCGGUUCUCCUGUACUCGGUGCGUGUGCAUUCCGCUCUGCGUCCCGCGCAUGUGCGCCCCGGGGCGCCCGGGGCAUUUCCCACUGCCCGGUGA